CCUGUAAUCCCAGCUACUCGGGAGGUCAAGGCAUAAGAAUCACUUGGGGGGCUGGAGCGAUGGCCUGGGUCUGGAGCCCGCCGUGUCCCCAAGGCCCAGACAGCGGGUCGAGGGUCUAGUAGGCACGGAACUGGCUUCUCUCAGGCCGACCCUUCAAGCCAGGCUCCAGAUCUUCCUCAGCCUCGGGCCUCCUUCAUGUUCAGGACGGAGGCCAGAGAACAGUGAUCAUCAUACACCCCAUCCGGCUUCCUGGGCCGGGCAUUUUCUCUGCGGCCAAGCAGUGUUGGGAUUGUAGCUGCUGGGAGCCCCCUCCUGCCACCACCUGUCCUGCAGGAAGGGACUGACGCGUUCCCACGUUCUUGCUCUGCACCUCCCCACUCUCUUCCCAUUCAGGAACAAGUUUCUCUUCCUUCCCCAUUGGAAAUCCUCCCCCGGAGGUCCAAAACACCUAUUUUAAGUGUGCCCUUCCUCAGCUCCUGGAGCACCCUUAGAAGUAUUGCCUACUUAUCCGGGCUGAGAAUCCUUCAUUUUUGAGUUGGCUUUUUUUUCGCCCUUUGGAAGAUAAAAGUCCCUUUCCACCCUCUACUAACACUCUGCGCCCAAGGCCUUAUCCUUUGGAGUCACCAGCUUCUUGGCCAUUUCUAUGUGAUCUCCCCCACCCAUCUGAGUUCCAGUUUCCUCUGGGCUCCAAUCUCCAGUCCCUGGCGGAUCUGGUCAGUCCCACCCCUAGGUGGGAGUGACCAGGGGGCUCUGGCCCAGGAUCCCCAACCCUGGAAGGCAGCUCCAAGGCAGGAAGAGAAUUGGGCAUUGGGUAGGAACCUGGCAGCUUAGGAGUCAGGGCUCCACUCACCCCACACAAAAAGAUGAAAAAGCGCAAAGAGCUCAAUGAAUUGAUUGGUUUGGCUGGGGACAGCCGGAGAAAGAAGCCCAAGAAAGGCCCAAGCAGUCACCGUCUGCUUCGCACUGAGCCUCCUGACUCAGACUCUGAGUCCAGCUCGAAAGAGGAAGAGGAAUUUGGUGUGGUUGGAAAUCGCUCUCACUUUGCCAAGGGAGACUAUUUACGAUGCUGCAAGAUCUGUUAUCCGCUCUGUGGUUUUGUCAUCCUUGCUGCCUGUGUUGUGGCCUGGGUUGGCUCGGUGUGGAUGCAGGUUGCUUUCAAGGAGGAUCUGGAAGCCCUCAAGGAAAAAUUUCGAACAGUGGAGUCUAAUCAGAAAAGCUCAUUCCAAGAAAUCCCCAAACUUAAUGAAGAACUACUCAGCAAGCAAAAACAACUUGAGAAGAUUGAAUCUGGAGAGAUGGGUUUGAACAAAGUCUGGAUAAACAUCACAGAAAAGAAUAAGCAGAUUUCUCUGUUGACUUCUGCAGUGAACCACCUCAAAGCCAGUAUUAAGUCAGCUGCAGACUUGAUUAGCCUGCCUACCACUGUAGAGGGACUUCAGAAGAGCGUAUCUUCCAUUGGCAAUACUUUAAACAGUGUCCAUCUUGCUGUGGAAGCACUACAGAAAACUGUGGGUGAACACAAGAAAAUGAUGGGAUUACUGCAGAGUGAUAUGAAUCAGCACUUCUUGAAGGAGACUCCUGGAAGCAACCAGAUCAUUCCAUCACCUUCAACCACAUCAGAACUUGACAAUAAAACCCAUAGUGAGAAUUUGAAACAGAUGGGUGAUAGAUCUGCCUCUCUGAAAAGAGCGUCUUUGGAUCAAGCCACCAACAAAACAGAUACGGUAAAAAUGCAAAGCAUAAAGAAAGAAGAUAGUUCAAAUUCUCAGGUAUCCAAGCUAAGAGAGAAACUCCAGAUGAUCAGUGCUUGUACAAACAAACCUGAGAGCAACAGGCCUCCAGCGACCGCCAAUGAAGGGCAAGUACAGAGUUUCACAUCAAAGCCAUCAGCAUUGCCAAAAUUUCAGUUUCUUGGAGAUCCAGUUGAGAAAGCUGCCCAACUAAGACCUGUCUCUCUACUAGGAGUUUCCAGCAUUGAAGAUCUUCAGGAUUUAUUCCACAAGACUGGCUAGGACGUGGAUGGGAAGCUGACCUACCAGGAAAUCUGGACCUCCCCAGGUUCUGCUAUGCCAGAACCAGAGAGCUUGAGAGCAUUUGAUUUUGAUGGAGAUGGGAGAUACUCAUUUCUGGAGCUAAGGGUAGCUUUAGGUAUCUAGCCUCAUCAGGCAUAUUUUAGAAAUGGACUGCCUAAUAUCUACUUACCUAACAACAAAACAACCCUUACUUACCCAUCAGUCCUCUAGUCCUCCAAACUACUGUAGCAGAUACUUUGCCACCAUUUAACUUGUUUGAAGAAGCCAUAUAAAAGUUAUUUUUUUAAAGAAAAAAAAAAAAGAAUCACU